AUGAUAUAUUGCCUGUACAUUAUUAUUAAACUUUAUUUUAAUAAAUUUUCUUACUGUAUGAUAUUUCAAAAUAUUGAUCAUCUUUUUAAUAAAGACAAAUUUUAUUUGGAUACAAUACGUUCGAAAAAUGGACAUUACAUUCAGUAUUACCCUAAUGAUGAUUCAUCAAAAAAAUAUAAAUGUAACAGCAUUUUUGAUAAACUUAAUCCUCUGUGUAUGCAUUUAUUUAUUGAAGCAUACAAAAUUCCUGGAAACAUAAUGAAUUUUAAAAAUAACAAUAAGGAGUAUGUUGGAUACAUUCUGAUGUUGGUAGGAUGUAUGUUAAGCCUAAAGAAUAAUGAUGGAACCAACAAUCUAAAAUAUUUUUAUAGUACAUUUAUAAAUAGUGAUGAAAAGUAUAAUAAGGCUAUAAAAGAUGCUACUGAUUAUAAGAGUUAUAAGGAUCUUAUAGAUAAAAAACAAGAUUUGAUGAAUAUGAGAAUUAUAUUUAAAUUUUAUGAUGCAUUUAAAAUAUUAUGUAAUAUGUAUAGUGAGUAUAAAAAAGAAAAUACAGAUUGCAAAAAUUAUUUAAAAAAAUCUAAAUAA